GGCUGUAAUGAUCAGUUAUUUUUAUGUUUUAAUCAAGAAAUCUAGUUUAGUUUAUCAAAUAAAUAAUUUAAAAGACAACCUGUCUUUCUUUCACCCGACACGGGUAUACUGACGUUACAGCUAUAAUAAAUGGUGGCAGCGGUGGGAUGAGAAAAUCCAUGCAGAAAUUACAGACCGUCAGGCUCUAAAAAUUCAUCUCAAGAUUGUGGGACAGUCAUUGUCCGGAUAUCAACAGUGUUUUGCAGAUAUUACAGACCGUCAGGUUCUGAAGUGCAGCACGAAAAGUUACGAACAUCAGUUCGAAAAAGUGAUUACAGCUCUCCGAAGCGACGAGAUAAGAAAAUCCGUGCAGAGAUUGCAGACCAUCCGAGUCUGAAAUUCAUCUCAAGUUUGUAGGACAGCCAUUGUCCGAACAUCAUCAAGUGUUUGCAGAUAGUACAGACCGCCAGGCUCUGAAGUGCAGCACAAAUUUACGAACAUCCGUUCGAAAAGUGAUUUACAGCUCUUCGAAGUGGGGAAUAGAAGGAACGACAGUCUCCUAAAAUAAGCUCAUCUUUAAGCGCGGUGAUAAAGGUGUUACUUGUGCGAUCAUCUUUGUGUUCGAGAAAUUUACCGCAGUGAGCAUGUGGGACAAUCAUUGUCCGAAGAUCAUCAGAUCAUUGUGAUGUGUAGAGUAUUGAAAAAGUGAUAUGUGGGUGAUCACCCUUGUGAUCGAGAAAAUUUAGAUCAUCAGAUCUUGUGUGUGUGCGUUAUAGGUGCCUGGAUCAUCAGUGUCCAUAAAAUCUUAAAUUGUAAGAAACGAAGUCUCCAAUCCAGACGGGUAAGUACCUUGGAUUUUUAUAUUGAGGCAGUAAAGUAAUUUAUUUCUGUAAAUCAGUAUGUAAGUUCACAUAACUGUUUUAAGUCAACUUGUUCCUGUAGAGCUUAAAGAAAUGUGCUUUUCAGGUUUUAUGUUACAAUAAGAAAGUAUAAAAUUUAGAAUUUAAACCUGUGUUAAUAGGUUUUUUUUAAUAUCUGAAAUGUUAAUGUGUUGUGCUUAAAUUAAACUUAUAUAUUGGAUUGUGUAAAGGAGUAGAAUUACUGUAACUUGAAGGUUUUAAUGUUAGGUGGCAUUUUGACAUAUCAUUUCUAAGACGUUUUGAAUGUUAUAAAUAUUAGCAUUUCAGUUAAGGUGUGUCAAACUUUUAUUUGUGUAAGAACUGAGAAUUUUUUUUUUCUAUUGAAGGAGUAAAAGGGGGAUGAUAAAACCCCCAGUAUCUUUCCUUUUAACUGUUGUCAUAUUAAUGUUAAUUACUAGCAUAUGGAUAGGUAUUGUGUAAUUUACUGUAUUUAUGAAUGCAUAUUUUAACAUAUCCCAAAUUUUGAGGAAAGUAUAUUGUAUUAUCAUAAGCAAGUGUGUUUUACGCAACUGAAUUUAAAGCUUUUCAGAGGAUAAUAUUAUUUGUAGUUUCAUACGUCCUCAAGUAGACAAUUUUUGUUUUUAUUUUUGAAUGCAUAAUGUGCAUAUUAUAGUGUAAACUGUCUUGUUUUGUCUAACAUCUGUAAAAUAGGUUAUGAAAAAAAUUAUAAAUUUUAAUUUUUACUCUCUCCUGUGAAAAUGAUAUCUGUUUAAAUCAAUUGUAUGUAUCUGUAGUGUGAGGGAGCUAAAAUUGUUAGGAUCAUAAUUUUGGUUAUAUCAUGGCAUUCUUAGCAAAAGUUAGGAAAGAGGAUCUUAAAUCCUUGGCUGAAGAGUUAGGGGAAAAAGUUAGCCCUGAACUUAGGAUAUUGGAUUUAAGGCAGCUGAUUAUGGGAAAAUAAUCCUAUGAGGAGGAAUAGUGAAAGGCCUGUUAGAAAAUAUCACGUCAACGAGGCUUGAGAGAGAAAAAAAGGAGCAGGAGAGAAUUAGGAAGGAAGAAGAAGAGAGGCAGGAUAGAAUUAGAAGAGAAGAAAUGGAAUUUGAAUUAUCCAAGUUACGUUUACUAGCCGCUAACGGAAAUGACUCUGGAAAUGGUGGGAAUGAAGAAAAUGGACUAAAAAAUAACUGAUACGAUCUAAAAAAAAAUUAUGUCAAAAUUUGAUCCUGAAGAGAACGAUAUCAGUUUGUAUCUAGCCAUGUUUGAGCACCAAGCAAAGCGUGCGAAUCUCCACCAAUCAGAAUGGGUUUCGGUUUUAUUGACAAUUUUGCCAACUGACAUAGUUCAGCUGAUUAUGCGAGAACCAGAACAGCAGGCUUAUGAUUACGCUUAUGUAAAAGGGAUACUGCUUAAAAGGUUCAAACUUAGUCCAGAAAAAUUUCGCAUCAAAUUCGUGCAAUCUCAGAAACACCCCCAAACCACUUGGAGAGAUUUUGCCUUUGAAUUAAGGAAUUAUUUUGAAGAAUGGAUUGCAGGUUUGGAAGUUACGGGUUUUGAACUUUUAAAGGAUCUCAUGAUAACGGACCAAAUAAAGCGUCGUGUAAAUGCCGAAGUGCAGCAACAUUUUAUUGACAAAUGGUCGAAGAUAACGACUCCAGGGAAAUUAGCGGAAAUGCUAGAAGAAUAUGAAAAUGUGCGUGAACCCCGGAAGAAGAUCUCUCCUGUUCAUAGUUCGGAGUCACAAAGGGGAAAUACAAAUAAUUUACAUUUGAGGGAUCCGCAAAGGUAUCAUCAGUCCGGAGGGAAAACGAGAUAUGCACCCGAGAAAAAAGAAACUUUCAGAAAUCAGAAAGAACGCCAAUUUGAUGUUCGUAAACCCCUUAAGUGUUAUUCCUGCGGUUCCACCGAACACUUAAGGCCUCACUGCCCGAAAGUUCAAAAAGAUUCCAAAUUGCCAGCUGUAGUACUAGGGUACAGGAAACUGAAGAAGAUUUUUUAGCCCCGUACACAACAAUGGCUAAGGUGAAUGGAUUCGAUUUACCUGUAUUACGGGAUUCGGGAGCAUCUAUAGAUGUAAUUUGCAACAAAUACAUCACUCCUUCGAUGCUGACGGGCGAAACGGUUUGGGUCAA